AAUACUUCAUGCAGUUGUAUCAAAAGAUAAAAUAAAGCUCAUUCAUGAGCAACUUAGGCGCAAUGAAGCAUUUAAGGAAAGAAUAAUUCAACGAAUGCUACUUUGGAGUUUAGGGAUUCAAAUCUUGUACUCAGUAUUCUUAGACAUUGGCGUACCUUGGUAGAUGAAUAGAAUGGUUUUAUUAACAAGAAUAACAAACAAGUUUGGUCCACAGUCAAAGGAGGAGGGGAAGGGAAAGGAAAUGGAAUAGAAAAGAAAAGAAAUUGAAUGGCCCAAUCCAUUCCAUUAGCUACCAAUGGUUGCUUGGGAGAUGGGAUGAGGUCGUCGCUGCAUGCCCAUCAGCGCAGCGUUGAAAUGUAAAAUCAAUGGCAGUGAAGAUAGAAGAAGAGUGAAACAAAUGCAAAGGGAAGAGUGGGUGAGUAAAUGUGGUCCCUUUGCAGCAGCCAGGCUAGUGAUGGACAGCCUAAAGCUGUAGAAUAGAAGAAUAGGGCGUCCUUUGUUUGUGAUGUGGAUACUCCAAAUUUGUUUUCCCUCACUGUAUUGUUCCUUUCACUGUUCUGCUACAAUCUGCCCUCUUACUCAGAACUUCUCUGCUCUCUCCUCUCUCGUUCUUGUCGGAUAACUUAUGACUCACCCACCCUUUCCUACACCAAUUUAUGCUAUCUCUCUCUCUCUCGUCUUUCUCUCUCCUUCCCUUGCACUUGCCUCUAUUAAAUACUCAUCACUCUCUCUCUCUCUCUUAGCUACUUGCGGUUGUGUUGCGGUGGGUGAAAGUGGAACAAAGUAACAGAAAAAUCUGGCAAAUGGGUCUUUAUUGCGUAUGAUUUUUACUUUACUCUCCUUUGCUUUGUUGGAUCCAUGGGUUCCUGGUAUGAGUGACUUGAUGACUACCAUGAAUUUGGCUACUGUUUGGGCCACCUCAUUACUUAUUGUGCUUCUGCAUCUUCUUCUUCUCCUCUCCGCCUCUUCUCCUCCCAGAGGUAUAUUUUUUGAAGACAAAACCAGGCUUGGAUCCACCCCACCAAGCUGCCAUAACAAGUGCAACGAGUGCCACCCAUGCAUGGCUGUGCAAGUGCCUAGCAUGCCUGGCCGCGCCAGCCGGUUGGACUCAUCUUCAGCUUUGCCAAUGAGAUUUUUUGACUCGUCUUCUCAAGGGAACAGAUACUCAUUUUACAAGCCAUUGGGUUGGAAAUGCCGCUGUGGAAACCACUUCUUCAAUCCUUAGACCAAAUUUGCAUGGCUACUGUAGAGGGUUGGUCUUCCUUCCAUUCUUCUGGUUUUGUAGAUGACAUUGAAUUGUUUCUUCUUUUUUUCUUUUUAUUAUUACAAGGAUGGAAUUCUUUGUUCAGGGAUAAGCAGGUUGUUCGGUUUUUGCAUUUAUUGUACAUAUACUCCAACUCUAUACUAUCUAUCACCUAGAGAGAUCAAAAUUUACCCUACUUUUUAGUUCUAGUUCUA